UCCGCUAAAGUUGAGCUCACGCCGACCUGGAAAGCGAAGGGAAAAAGAAAACACGCUUUUACACGUUCAAGUUCUUCCUCGCGAAGGAAAAUAUGGCAAAUGUAUCUCACCAUCACCACCAUACACUUUGGGACACAGACGACCAGAACUUCUGGUGCCCUCCUGUAUCCGACGACCUUAACUCCCAAUCCACCACCCUUAAUAUCGACGCAGAAGACGUCGUCUCUGACCUAGAUUUACUGGACCGUGAGAAUCAGGUUUCGUUUCUAAUGGAUCUCUUCCACCAGCGCGUCGAGCAGUCUCAGGUCAUGGGUUAUCCUGAUUUGCAUCAAGAUUCUUUUCCAGAUUCUGGUUUUGACGUUGUUGGAGGGAACUGCGAGGUUGUUAUUGAUAAUUUGGUGCUCGAUUUCGGGUUAGGGUCAGGAAUCGAUCUGGAUGUUCACGAUGAUUGCGUGGAUUUUGAAGAUUUCAUCGGGCAUGAUCAAUAUGAGCGUGAUAGUGAUAUACUUGAUGAUGGUUAUUUUGGGGAUAGGGGAGUUUCGGAGUUGGAAUUCGGUGAGGCUGUGUCGACUGUGAGCGUGGAAAUUGGAAACUUUGGAGCUGAUAACGAUGGAGUUGCGGGGUUCUUGUCAGAUUCGGACUCGAACCCUAACGACGUAGCACUUGGGAUCGAUCUGCAUUCGGUGGAGGCGAACCACGAUGAUGAUAUUGCAAGCGUCCCUCUCUGUUUGGGAUCUCUCAUGCUGGAUGAUCGCGUAGAGCCUGAAGAGGAGUAUGAUUUUGGUUGGGAAGAAGUUGAUGGCCGUGUUGACGAGAGGGAGCUUCUGGGCAUGGUGUUAGACCCGGCUGAAGAUGAGGAUGAUGUGUCCGUGACGAUUUCAGAUCCAGAACAGCCCGAGGAUUUGGUGAGCGUGGAGAGGACAGGAGUCGCUGGUAAUCUGGAAUGGCAGGUCUUAUUGAACGCCCAUAAUUUUGAGGUAAAUCCUGAAGAACAUGGACAUAACGUUGAGCCUUUUUUUGGCGAUAAUGUUGAGUAUGACAUGCUGUUUGGCCAUUUUGCGGAGAAUGAGAGUGCCCCAUUGGGUCGGCCUCCUGCUUCAAAAUAUGUUGUGGAGAAUCUGCCUGAAGUUGUCAUAAAUGCAGAGGAUGUGAAGAACAACAAUGCACUUUGUGCUGUUUGCAAAGACGAGAUUAACGUUGGGAAAAAAGCCAAGCAGCUUCCAUGUGAGCACAAGUACCAUGGGGACUGCAUUCUGCCAUGGCUGGGGAUUAGGAACACUUGUCCUGUUUGUCGGCAUGAAUUGCCCACAGAUGAUGUAGAAUAUGAAAGGAGGAAGGCACGGAGAGCUGGCCGUGUUCAAUGAAGUUCAUGGUAAUAUAUUGCUCAUGGAUUAUUUUCGAUUUUUGUUUGUUUGAGCCUUAGGUUAUUAAAAAAUGUAGAUAUUUACGUGAGAAUAACGAGAUCCUUGGUUGGUUAUCAUGCUUUAUGUCUAGAAUAUGAGUAUUGGAACUUCUCUGUAGUCUGUAUCGAGCUUUUUGCUAUAGUAUUUUCAAUGAUUUUGCAUUGGUGAUUUGAUCACUUUUGUUUA